ACCUUCAUCUUCAUCAUCAUCUUCAUCAUCAUCAUCACCAUCAUUAAGAAGAGGAAUCAGUGGCUUCUAUCUCUUAUCAAACCUCUUUGUUGACGUCGGUCAGCUGAUGUGUGAGACAGAUUUCAGUCCAAUGGGACGUCUGUUUAUUACCAGUGAGACACAAAUAAUUAGAACUGACAUCAUCACCAGGCAGGAAGCUGCUUUUAUAUUUAUGGUCUAAUUACAGGGAAUAAUAUCUAAUGACACCAACUAUAAUUACUGACAUGAAUCCACAGACUCAUUAACAUAUCUACAUACUUUAUCAACACUAACUAUGACGUGUUGCCUCCCGUCUGCUGGAAAUGGUUCAACCCUUGACUUUAAAAGUAGGUGAUGAGCCAUGAAGCUGAGGAGGAGGAGGAGGAGGAGGAGCCACCAGGAGGAGGAGGAGGAGGAGGAGGAGGAGGAGGUGCUGACACUGACACUGAAUGAAGACUCCAUCUCCUCGUCUCCUUUGGACUUGUUGUUCAUUUGAAUUUAACCCGAUUAAACCAGACAACAUGUGUGUAAAUAUUCAUUUCCUUUAUUCACUGUGUACAUAUGUUGUGAAGCGAUGAGACCCGUGGUCUGAAAUGAGGCCUAGUUCUCAGAGGGUCGGUCCAAGCUUCAGGAAACUCUGACGUCCAUUUUCAUCUAGAAUCGAUGCCUUUAACAGAACCACAAAACCACGAGAGCAGAGAGGAAGUGUAAAGAUGUCGACACUGAGCUGCUGGGACUGGAUGCUGCUGCUGAUCAUCACAGUGUCUCUGUGCAGCAGCAGAGUUGUUGUUGUUCCAUCUGGUUCAGACGUCACUCUGACCUGUAGCUAUGAUAUAAAGAGACAUGGAGCUCUGAGAGUUUGUUGGGGUCGAGGAGAUUUACCAACCAGAGGUUGCAAAGAUCAGCUGAUCUACACAGAUGGAUAUAAAGUGACAGAAAGAGCUUCCAGCAGGUAUCAGCUGAAGGGUCGACUGGACCGAGGAGACGUUUCUCUGACCAUAGAAAACGUCUCUGAAGACGACUCUGGGAGAUAUGGAUGUAGACUGAUGAUACCUGGACCGUUUAAUGAUGAGAAACAUCACACGGACCUGAGGGUGGACACAGCCAGAAGUGAUGUCACCACGCCAAAAGGAAGUGAUGUCACCAUGUCAAAAGGAAGUGAUGUCACCAUGUCAAAAGGAAGUGAUGUCACACCUAGCACAGCUACAGUAUCCAUGACAACGCCGGCUCCAGAGCAAGAGACGUCCGUCAUCAUCAUUGGAAACUCCGUGAAAGUUUCCUGCAUCUUCCUCAUCAUCGUCACAGCUCUGACGGGUGCUGCUGUCAACGGUCAGUCAACGUGA